AUGUCAUCUGCCAUCUACUCGCUUCCGUUCGCCAAAGACAUCAUUUCGUCGAUCACGGGCGGCAAGGACCCCUUGUACAACCUGUCGUGGGCAGGUGUACCACUCUCUCUGCUGCUCGCCGCCAUCCCUCAUUGGUACACAAUCUAUCUCGCCGAAUCUAACAAGGUGCAGGGCGGAUGGUCCAACGUCAACCCGCGCUUCUGGGUGCAGUCCUUGAUCGCUAAAGGUCAAACCAAGAAAUUGACGCCGCUGGAACUGCAAAUCUUGCGUGGUCAGAGCUGCCAAGCGAAUUCGUUCGAGAACGUGCCGCUGUUCGUAGCGUCGCUGCUCUGGGCCAACUACACUGGGCUGCAAGUGGGUACGAUCAACAACUUUGUGGUCGGAUACUUGGUGAGCAGGGCUAUUUAUACACUGCUCUAUCUGAAGACCACUGGCAAGGCCGAGAGCUUUGCUAGGACAUUGGUGUUCAACUUUGGCAUCGUGUGGAUCAUCACUAUCUGGCUCAAGGGCGCUUGGAAAAUAAGCCCUGUUCUCAAGUAG